AUGGAUGAUGAUGAUGAUGAUGAUGAUGAUGAUGAUGAUGAUGAUGAUGAUGAUGAUGAUGAUGAUGAUGAUGAUGAUGAUGAUGAUAGUGAUGAUGAUGAUGAUGAUGAUUGCGAUGAUGAUGAUGAUGAUGAUGAUGAUGAUGAUGAUGAUGAUGAUGAUGAUGAUGAUGAUGAUGAUGAUGAUGAUGAUGAUGAUGAUGAUGAUGAUGAUGAUGAUGAUGAUGAUGAUGAUGAUGAUGAUGAUGCUGAUGAUGAUGAUGAUGAUGAUGAUGAUGAUGAUGAUGAUGAUGAUGAUGAUGAUGAUGAUGAUGAUGAUGAUGAUGAUGAUGAUGAUGAUGAUGAUGAUGAUGAUGAUGAUGAUGAUGAUGAUGAUGAUGAUGAUGAUGAUGAUGAUGAUGAUGAUGAUGAUGAUGAUGAUGAUGAUGAUGAUGAUGAUGUAUGA